AUGGCCACGUCAGCACUUCAUCUGGAAGCUGCCACCGACUAUUCUGCUGAUGGAUUCAUCGCUGCCUAUCGGAGAUUCGUGAGUCGUCGAGGUCGUUGCAAGAACCUCUUCAGUGAUUGUGGAACGAAUUUCGUUGGUGCAGACAAGGAGCUGAAGAGGUUGUUCUCUGUUGGAUCGAAGGAGUUCCAGCGUCUCUCAGCAGUUUGCCUGGAAGAUGGUACUCGGUGGUCUUUUAAUCCACCGGGGGCCUCUCAUUUUGGAGUAAAAUGGGAAGCAGCGGUAAAGUCAGUGAAGUAUCAUCUCUCUCGAACGAUUCGGGAUACUACACUGACGUUCGAGGAACUCUCUACGCUGCUUACCCAGAUUGAAGCUGUGCUCAACUCCAGACCUCUACAGGCUCUCUCUGAAGACCCCGACGACGGGUUGUGUCUCACUCCGGGGUAUUUUUGA